CAUUGAAAGCCCUCAGUUUCCCACGCCGGGAAGUUUACUGAUCUCCGUGGCUGCACGGAAGCCUGCGGAAAGUCAGCCUUCUGGCUUUUUAUCCAUUUUUUUAAAGGAUCUAAGAAAUGAAUAUUAUAGCUUUUAAUCUCCCCCACUAGUUUCGGCUGCGAACAACCCGAUUAAAACCCUUUGCAGCAGAAGCUAGGAAAGAGAUUCAGGGACCAGCUGCCCGUUGCAGCGCCGCUGGGUUUGGCUCGUCCAGUUCGUACCUCCCGGCGUAGUGGGAGUGGGAACCGCGCACAUCCAGCGAUGGACUUCCCCAAGUCAAUCCGUCGGACUUUCGUAUGCUAAACUUUGUCCCUGGUGUCGGCUUGUUUUAUCGUCUUUAUUUCGGGGAUCGGCACUCUGAAUUAUAGAGAAAAUAAAGGAGUUUAAGAAUAAUAAGUUUAAUAUGCCGGACCAGAUCACGGUGGCGGAAUUCGUGGCCGAGACAAAUGAAGAUUAUAAGUCCCCGACCGCCUCCAACUUCACCACUCGGAUGUCUCAUUGCAGGAACACGGUGGCCGCCUUGGAGGAGGCCCUGGAUAUGGACCGCAGCGUACUGUACAAGAUGAAGAAGUCCGUGAAGGCCAUCUACGCUUCUGGCCUGGCUCAUGUGGAAAACGAGGAGCAGUAUACGCAGGCCCUGGAGAAGUUUGGGGAGAACUGCGUCUACCGGGACGACCCUGACCUGGGAUCAGCCUUCCUGAAGUUCUCUGUCUUCACCAAAGAGCUCACGGCCCUUUUUAAAAACCUGUUCCAGAAUAUGAACAACAUCAUCACAUUCCCAUUGGACAGCCUGCUGAAAGGGGACCUGAAGGGGGUUAAAGGGGACCUGAAAAAGCCCUUCGAUAAAGCCUGGAAAGAUUACGAAACGAAAGUCACGAAGAUCGAGAAGGAGAAGAAGGAGCAUGCCCGGCAGCACGGCAUGAUCCGCACCGAGAUCAGCGGCGCCGAGAUCGCCGAGGAGAUGGAGAAGGAGAGGCGGUUCUUCCAGCUCCAGAUGUGCGAGUAUCUCCUCAAAGUGAACGAAAUAAAGAUCAAGAAGGGUGUCGACCUCCUGCAGAACCUCAUCAAGUAUUUUCAUGCCCAGUGCAACUUCUUUCAGGACGGGCUGAAGGCCGUGGACAACCUCAAACCGUCGAUUGAGAAGCUGGCUACGGACUUGCACACGAUCAAACAGGCGCAGGACGAAGAGCGCAAACAGCUGACCCAGCUGCGGGACAUCCUAAAGUCCUCGCUGCAGGUCGAGCAGAAGGAGGAUGCCCAGGUGCGGCAGAGCGCCACCUACAGCCUGCACCAGCCCCAGGGCAACAAGGAGCACGGCACGGAGCGAAGUGGGAACCUCUACAAGAAGAGCGAUGGGCUGAGAAAGGUGUGGCAGAAGCGCAAAUGCUCCGUGAAGAACGGCUACCUGACAAUAUCGCACGGCACGGCUAACAGACCACCGGCGAAACUCAACCUGCUCACCUGCCAGGUGAAGCACAACCCGGAAGAGAAAAAGAGCUUCGACCUCAUAUCACAUGACAGGACGUAUCACUUUCAGGCCGAGGAUGAGCAGGAGUGUCAGAUAUGGAUCUCCGUGCUGCAGAACAGCAAAGAGGAGGCUCUGAAUAAUGCCUUCAAGGGUGACCAGCACGUGGGCGAAAACAACAUUGUACAGGAGCUGACCAAAGCCAUCUUGGGCGAGGUGAAGAGGAUGCCUGGCAAUGACACGUGCUGCGAUUGCGGAGCCCCUGGUCCCACCUGGCUGUCCACUAACUUAGGCAUCCUGACCUGCAUAGAAUGUUCUGGAAUCCACCGGGAACUUGGUGUCCAUUACUCCCGGAUACAGUCCCUUACGCUGGACGUACUUGGGACGUCCGAACUCUUGCUGGCCAAGAACGUGGGAAACUCAGGCUUCAAUGAGAUCAUGGAGGCCUGCCUGCCCGCAGAUGAUGGCGUGAAGCCCAACCCCAGCAGUGGAAUGCAGGCGAGGAAGGACUUCAUCACGGCCAAGUACACGGAGCGGCGCUUCGCGCGGAAGAAGCACGGGGACGCCGCCUCCCGGCUGCACGCGCUCUGCGACGCCGUCAAGGCCCGCGACAUCUUCUCACUCAUCCAGGUGUACGCCGAGGGUGUGGAGCUCAUGGAGCCGAUCCCUCUGGCCAACGGACACGAACAUGGGGAGACCGCGCUUCACCUGGCCGUGCGAUUGGUGGACCGGACGUCUUUGCACAUCGUGGACUUCCUGACGCAGAACAGUGUGAACCUGGACAGGCAGACGGCCAAGGGGAGCACGGCGCUGCACUACUGCUGCCUGACGGAUAACAGCGAGUGUCUGAAACUGCUGCUGCGGGGGAAAGCCUCCAUCGAGAUCCCCAACGAGGGAGGGGAGACGCCGCUGGACAUCGCCAAACGUCUGAAACACGCACAGUGUGAGGAGCUGCUCAGCCAGGCGCUGGGCGGCAAAUUCAAUGCCCACGUCCACGUGGAGUAUGAGUGGCGUCUGCACCAUGAAGACCUGGACGAGAGCGACGAGGACCUCGACGAGAAGCCGAGCCCACACCGCCGAGACGAGCGUCCCAUCAGUUGCUACGCCCCUAGCAGUACCGCGGCACAGCCUGGCCCGGCUCCCUUGGCCAGGGAGGGGGCCGGCCCAGCCACGGAGAAGCCAAGGACCUACCACCCCAACCUGGUGAACAAUGAGACCUACGGGACCAUCCUGCCUCCUCCCGGCCAACCGGCAGUGCCCGUUACCACCGCUGCUCCGCCCCUCCCACCCCGCAACCUGGGCAAAGUGCUUCCCGCUCUGGGCCUCCAGACCAGCAGCCCCGGCGUCUGGAAGUCGGGCUCCAUCGACGUCGCCGGAAGGCAGAGGUCGUCCUCGGACCCCCCCAACAUGCACCCUCCCGUCCCCCCUAUCCGUGUCACCUCCACGUCCGUUCUUGCGACAGUCACUCCCCCGCCAGCCGUGUCCAGGAUGGCGGGCAUGAUGGAGACCAUAAGCCUCCAGUCCAAAACAGGUCCUGUGUCCUCUGUGGACCCCAUGAAGUCCUCCUCUUCUGUAGUGACAAUGGGCAGGACUGCGCCACCAAAGUCUCCUGCCAGCACGGAUAAGCGCCUCAAAGGACCCCCACUGCAGCCCGCGUGUGCCGAGAAACCAGCCAAAGAAGUCCUCGGAUGUCUGGGUAACUCCCUCGGCCUGGCCCCACCUCCUGCCCCGAUGCCCCGGAGGACGUACCCUAAACAGAAGCCCAAGCGAGUGAAGGCCAUUUAUAACUGCAUGGCCGAUAACCCGGAUGAGCUGACCUUCUCUGAGGGAGAAGUCAUCGUGGUGGAUGGGGAGGAGGACCAGGAGUGGUGGCUGGGCCACAUCGAGGGGGAGCCAAUGAGGAGGGGAGCUUUCCCGGUGACGUUUGUGCAGUUCAUCGUGGAUUGAGGAACAUCUUUGCAGUCGGGAUGGGUGAAUGCGGAGGGGUCACAGAGACUGAAGCCUCAGUUCCCCCAAAAAUUUAUUGACACCCCCCCCCCCCACACACACACACACACACACACACAUCGACCUGCCCACAAGCAAGCAAGACUGCACCUGGACAAAGCAACAGUGCUGUAUGUUCCUCAACCUCUGGUCAGGUGACUUGGUCAGGUGACCCAGCAGCAGACGCCGCUUCAGGCUGAAGCGGUACCACACUGUGACACGUCAUACCAUUUAAGCUAACAUGGGCACAUGUUCAUAACAUUUGAGUAAAAAAAAAAAAAGACUAGGCUGCAAGUUCUUGCAAUAAAUGCACUUUUCAUUCAGUUUUAUUUAUUGUGGAAUAGCGAUUUUCGAAGGAAUAUUGUGGAAACCAAGGAUCUGUGAUGGAGGUUGACCACAGCUUCCCUUAAAUGAAGGCAGUUUGGGCCAGUAGCAGCAGGGGUAGGGGGGGGAGGGGUCACUUCUAAGUAGUUCAGGGGUAUCCGAGACCCGACGUGCACGUGCGGAGAAUGACUAAGAGAUCUUACUCAGCAGAACGCAAGUCACCCUGCAGGUGGAGAGGCUACGUUUGCGGUCACCAAGGGAGACACACACUGCCUUUACUAUGGUACUGUGCUAAAAACAAAAUGUGAAACAGAGCCGCGAUGUUAAUCACCCCCCUUAUUACUUUUGGGUUUUUUUUUCCGAUCGCUGUUGCUAAUGCAGCAGUCUGUUCCGCAUUCCUGCAUUCAUUCUGUCCCGUCGCACAGCAAAUCGCGCAGAUCUUUAAUAAUAAAACUGGAACCGAAGGCCGCAUCUACUUCAGUUACGUCACGCUGACUCGCCCCUAUCGCAAGUGAGGGAUCGUGAUUUUCUGCAGGUGGCCUGAGAGGAGAUUUUCUGCCGUAUUUGAAGUACAUUAGCUAUGUGCUCUCAUUUCUUGGCCUUUGUUUUAAACCUUUUCUUUUUCGUCUAUCUAUAGUUUCUUCUUUUAAAUUUUUUUUAUUGUCGUUCAGCUAGAGCAGAAGUAUAGGUGGCAGAAAAGUGUGUUUUUGUUUGUGUUGUUUUGUCGGUUGCACCGUCUGAGAGACGCUGCAUGUGUGACCAAGAGACCUGAUACCUUCUGGGAGACCACAAAGUUUCUCUGGAUGGAUGAUGGACCAGGAGUUUCAGCACUAACUUAAUGCUCUGCAGGAGACCAGGGUAGAGUGCUUGCUUGUGAGCCCCUCCCUCUCUUGAGUGCAUGCACACACAUACACACACACACACACGGGCUAGGAGACCCAUUUUCCUUACUGCCUGGUAGUUGAGAUGUUCUUGCUAGAGGAGAAAAGGUGUGUCAUGUGAUCUUCACUCCUGUGGUCACCCCUUAGCCGACCUGAUCCGGUGACCCUAAAUGAGCAAUUUGUCACUGUGUUCCUGUACCCCCUUGUGUCAUGUGCUGGGGUCAAGCAUUUGGUGGGGGGGGGGGGGGGGGGGGUUAAUGCAGCGAGGAGAGAGCAGGUCAGAAAUAGAAGCUUGUUGAUUUGACGGUGUGGCUAAAGAAAUAGGCCAAUAAACAGAAGGUCCCCAAGGUCACCUGACUUCUGUUUGUGAUUCAGUCGGUCCCCCCACCCCCACAGAUAACCGACAAGGAAGCGGUUGUGAGUUGCAUCAUAGAUACAGGUGGGUGGCCUUGCGUUUUGGCUCCCAUGUGUUAAAUCCUGUUUGUUCACUUUUGAAAUAAGUCCAUAUUUUAAAUAUGUAUUGUUAAAAAAAAAAAUGUAAUAAAUUUGAUUUUGGUUGCAGAGCAACUCUAUAUAUAUAUAGAAUAACAUUUAAUUUUUAAAUGAAAUAUACCCUUUUUUGAGUAUGCAUUGCAGUAACCCAAGGCAGAGAGUAAUAAGAGGCAUGUGUAAUUAACUAUGUACUAUCCAUGUUACGAUUAUGUUAACUCACUGGAAAUAGGACAGUUAAUUUGUUACUGUAAAUAUAUUUACAACUUAUUUGUCCGUAUUUAAAUGUAAAGCAAUUAACCCUUUGAAAGCUGACUGUACUUGGCUGCAUUGUGGUGAUUUUACGUAACAACGGCGCACCCCCCUCCCCCGCGCGUUUCCGGUGCCGGACCGCAAGCGCUCAUUCGGGUCGCCGAUGUAUCUACUGUCGAUCGCUACACAUAGCCUUUGAGACGAGAUGGUCCAAAUAAAAUGACUGAAACUGGAAA